AUGGCACCAGCUAUCGGUAUCGAUUUGGGUACAACGUAUUCCUGCGUUGGUAUCUAUAGAGAUGAUCGAAUUGAAAUCAUUGCCAAUGACCAGGGCAACCGAACCACACCAUCAUUCGUUGCCUUCACAGACACAGAGCGACUCAUUGGUGACUCUGCAAAGAACCAAGUCGCCAUGAACCCACACAACACAGUCUUCGACGCCAAGCGACUAAUAGGUCGUAAGUUCGCCGACGCUGAGGUUCAGGCCGACAUGAAGCACUUCCCCUUCAAGGUCAUCGAUAAGGGUGGCAAGCCGAUCAUCUCUGUUGAGUUCAAGGGUGAAGAGAAGACAUUCACACCAGAAGAAAUUUCAUCGAUGGUCCUCACCAAGAUGAGAGAAACAGCAGAAUCAUACCUCGGUGGCACCGUCAAUAACGCUGUCGUCACGGUCCCAGCAUACUUCAACGACUCACAGAGACAAGCCACCAAGGAUGCUGGCCUCAUCGCCGGUCUCAACGUUCUGCGAAUCAUCAACGAGCCCACCGCUGCUGCUAUCGCUUAUGGUCUCGACAAGAAGACCGAAGGCGAGCGCAACGUCCUAAUAUUCGAUCUAGGUGGUGGCACGUUUGAUGUGUCAUUGUUGACGAUCGAGGAGGGCAUCUUCGAAGUUAAGUCCACUGCUGGCGACACUCAUUUAGGUGGUGAAGACUUCGAUAAUCGUCUUGUCAACCACUUCGUCUCAGAGUUCAAGAGAAAGCAUAAGAAAGAUUUGAGCUCAAAUGCCCGGGCUUUGCGACGACUUCGAACCGCUUGCGAGCGUGCCAAGCGAACCCUUUCCUCAUCCGCCCAGACAUCCAUCGAAAUCGACUCUUUGUAUGAGGGUGUUGACUUCUACACAUCCAUCACCCGAGCCAGAUUCGAGGAGUUGUGCCAGGACCUUUUCCGAUCAACCAUGGAGCCAGUCGAGCGUGUCCUUCGAGAUGCUAAGAUUGACAAGUCCUCAGUCCACGAGAUCGUCUUGGUCGGUGGUUCCACCCGUAUCCCACGAGUCCAGAAGCUUGUUUCCGACUUCUUCAAUGGCAAGGAGCCAAACAAGUCCAUUAACCCAGAUGAGGCUGUUGCCUACGGUGCUGCCGUCCAGGCUGCCAUCCUGUCCGGUGAUACCUCAUCCAAGUCCACGAACGAGAUCUUGCUUCUUGACGUGGCCCCAUUGUCCCUCGGUAUCGAGACUGCCGGUGGUGUCAUGACCCCAUUGAUCAAGCGAAACACCACUAUCCCAACCAAGAAGUCAGAGACCUUCUCGACUUUCUCUGACAACCAGCCAGGUGUGCUUAUCCAGGUCUUCGAGGGUGAGCGUGCCCGAACUAAGGAUAACAACCUGCUCGGCAAGUUUGAACUUUCCGGUAUUCCACCAGCACCUCGUGGUGUCCCACAAAUUGAGGUCACUUUCGAUCUUGAUGCCAAUGGUAUCAUGAACGUCUCUGCUCUUGAGAAGGGAACUGGUAAGACCAACAAGAUUGUCAUCACCAAUGACAAGGGUCGUCUGUCCAAGGAGGACAUCGAACGCAUGUUGGCUGAGGCCGAGAAGUACAAGGCUGAAGAUGAGGCAGAAUCUGGUCGUAUCUCUGCCAAGAACGGUCUUGAGUCAUAUGCCUACUCACUCAAGAACACUCUCUCCGACUCCAAGGUCGAUGAGAAGAUUGGUGCUGAUGACAAGGAGAAGCUCAACGCCAAGAUCACUGAGACAAUCAACUGGGUCGAUGAAAAUCAGCAAGCCACCAAGGAGGAGUACGAGUCUCAGCAGAAGGAGCUUGAAGGUGUAGCUAACCCAAUCAUGAUGAAGAUGUACGGUGCUGGCGGCGAUCCAAGCGGCAUGCCAAACAUGGGCGGCGCUGCGCCUGGUGGUUUCCCACAAGGAGCUGGUUCUCGAAAUGAUGAUGGUCCAACUGUCGAGGAGGUUGACUAA